UCUUCGCCAGCGGCUAACAAAACGUACGGGCGCACGCGCGGACACGGACGCUCUUUCUCGAGGGGGUCAGUCUACAGGGCGAGAAAGUGAUACUACGUUAGCCGUAGUGUACAGUCACGGGGUGGAUAUGACCUCAUCGGACUCGCCAAUGAACCACCCCCCGUCUGAUGCGAUGUCCUAAUGCUGGUGACUCGCUCGUUUUCGGGGAAUUGUGGAAACACCCCCGUACGUUCGCAUCCGCCCCGGCGAUGAGAGAAUGAUGUAACGCUCGCGCAAACGACAGGGGUGAGUGUCUAUUAAGAUGGAUGUCCACGGUGCCGGGGUGGUCGCCGUUCUGGGCACGGUUGGUGCCGCUACCGGAGCAAUCUCGGCGGUGAUCGUCUACACCAUUUGUGCGCGUCGCCGCCGAUUGCCGCUGCUUACCACGGGACCGCUCAACUGGUUCGAACGAGACCUGCUGGACAGAGCUGAAGAGGCAGCGAGGUCGUCGAAGGAUGUUUUGGUCGGCCUGGGCAGCGGUGUCGCGCUUUCACGGGAUAACAAGAUCUCCAGGCGUAGCAACAGUCAAUCGGACGACGACGAAUGGCAAUCGGAUCAUGUAUUCGACAGCAUCGCCAGCGAUUCUCCUAGAAGAGUUAGACAACAUCUCUCGGAAUCGGACGACAUUCCGCCGUCUCCCAUGAGCCCGCUCGCUCCGCCGCUUCCGGAAGGGGCGGUGGUCGCGUCUGAGAAACGUAUGGUGAUUGUGAAGCCGCCGACGCGGAGUAUAGACGGCUCUCAUUCUAGAUUGAACAGUGUCGAAAUCGAGUCAGCUCCACGGCACAAGCUCUCAUCCUCCUCCUCAACCUCAUCGUCCGAUGAAGUUAGGGGUGAAUUAAAACUGGGCUUGAUCUACGACGAGAACGCCGGGAUACUCACCGUCAGGCUUAUCGAGGCGCAUGAUCUUCGCGCUCGCGAAUUGAGCGACAUCGCGGAUCCCUACGCUAAAAUACGUUUGCUACCUGAUCGCAGCAACGUGUGGCAAACAACGAUACACAGGCGCACGUUGAAUCCUGUAUUCGACGAGGACUUCGUCUUCGAGGUGACGCCCGAGUCGUCGUUGGCCGGCAGAACGUUGGAAAUCCUACUCUACGAUUUCGAUGCGUUCACGAGGCACCGUGGUUUGGGUUACGUGCAACUUCCUUUAUCCUCCGUAGCGGAUUUAAGCACGGACCUCGUCACCAUCACGAAGCCAGUUCUACGAUACGGUGCGGAAGGUGGAUUUAAAGCGCCACCGUUAGGAGAGCUGAUGGUUUCCAUCUCGUAUCAUCCGUCUAUAGAGAAACUGACGAUCAUCGUCGUCAGGGCAAGAAAUCUGCCUGUUCUCGACGAUCUCGCGAACGCGAAUCCAUUCGUCAGGGUGUCGCUCAUCCAGGACGGUAAGAGUCUAAAGAAGAAGAAAUCGGGCAUACAGCGCGAAGCCACUAGUCCUGUAUGGAAUGAUAUCCUCAGCUUCGAUAUCAGUAGCGACGUUCUGUCGAAGUGCAUCUUACAGUUAUCUGUUUUGCGAUCUAACGGCGACCUCUUGGCCAAGUGCGAAGUAUCCGCCUCGUGCCAGAGAGAAUUAUUUCAACGUAUAUUGUCCGGCAAGGGUGCUUCGGCGCAAUGGUUACCGUUAUCGGAGCCGGAAGCGCAACGCGCUGAUAACAGCGAAUCGAAAGAUUAAGAGAAAAGACGUUAAAAUAAUACUUCCGUUAAAAUAUUAAGUAUAAGUAUAUGAGAAGGCGUUGGUAAACGCAAAAUAUCGCUGAUAAUAUCGUGACUACUUUGUUGAAAAAAUGUCUAUUACUGCAGAGAGAGAGAGAGAGAGAGAGAGAGAGAGAG